ACAUGUGUACGAUUUCUGUUCGAAUAACGAAAAGUCCAAUUGAAAUCUUAUGUGUUAUUUUGAACACCGGUGUUUAUUAGAGACGUACAUAACACAACAAAGUUAAAUAAGCAAAAAAAAGUAAAAAACAAGGAAAAAUGUCAUCAACAUUAAGCAAAACCAUUUUACAUUCAUACAAAAGCUGUGUCACAUAUUCCAGACGAAAUUUCGUAGGAAUAGCCAGAUCAUAUCAAAGGACAUUAGACAAACGUCCAUAUCUUGUCCAGGCCAUACAGGCCGGAAUUCUAAUGGGUGCAGGUGAUCUGUGUGCACAAACAUUUUUCACUUCAAGCGAAACGGUGACGAUAGACUACAUUCGGACACUCAAGUUUUGCUCAAUCGGAUUUGUGUUCGUUGGUCCUUCCGUUCGUUUCUGGUACGGCGCCAUGGACAAAGCCAUCAAAGCGAAAUCACCGGCAACUAGAACUAUGAUUAAGGUCGGCAUCGAUCAGUUGAUAUUCGCUCCGAUUUUCACGGCCGCCCUGGUUUCGACGAUCAGCUACACCCAAGAUCAAAACGUUCAAUCGAUCAAAGAGAAACUACGGACACAGUAUACGGAUAUCUUGCUGUGCAACUACUAUGUGUGGCCUUGGGUGCAGAUUGUCAAUUUUCGCUUUGUUCCGCUCAAUUAUCAGGUUUUAUUAACUCAGUCUGUUGCGUUCUUGUGGAAUAUUUACAUUUCGUGGAAAACGCAUAGUACGGAACACAAAACGGUCAGCGCGUAGAGAGGGUGUAGGGAAUUACUUUGCAUCAAAUAAAGGUUCAAGCUUCAAGAA